CUUAUAGUUAAGAUAUUUUUAAAACAGCCACAAGCAUCAGUCCUCCCCCGCACGAGAGUGGUAUGCCCCUUUACAGACCGUACUUGGCGAUUCAGAUUUAGCACUGCUUCAUUUACCUAGUGUUCAUUUUUCAGCUGAUCUACAAAACUUAGUUUUCUAAAUAUCUGAAAUCUGUAAUUUCAGAAAGAGCAUUUUCUAAAAUACUAUAUAAUUUUUUUCCUUAAACUAUUCCAGGCACUUUUUUUCCUUUGACUUGGUGGUGUAAGAAUCAUGUUUUCUGGAACCUGUCUCCAUGAGGGGUGUUGAAUUGUAUACCAAAUGAAUAAGAACCAGUCUUAAGUUCUUGUGUCUUUUUUUAUGCUUUUUCUGUUUUGUCCUUGUCCAAAAAAAAAAACAAACCCAGUGCCCUCGAGUCAAUUCCAACUCAUAGCAACCCUAUAGGACAGGGUAGAACUGCCCCAUAAGAGUUUCCACGGAGCACCUGGCAGAUUGGAAGUGCCGACCCUUUGGUUAGCAGCCGUAGCACUUAACCACUACGCCACCAGGGUUUCCUGUCCCUGUCUAGCUGCCAGUUAUGGGUAUGCCUGUCUCUAAGUGGCUUGCUUCCUUUUCCAUUCUCAUUGAUUACUUCUAACCUGAGAAGCCAGGUGACUAGGUUUGUUAGAAAUAUGCAUGGGAUUACUGCUAGGCAGAAGGGCCUGCCUUGUGUGGGGGCUUUCCUAGGAGGGAAGCAGACGGGAAGGUCAGUAGCAUUUGAGCAGGGAAAUCCUUUGGUUUAAAUGGUCUUCUGAAUAGUUGAGGGGCUCCUUUGUGUCUUCCUUACGCCUUUCUCCAUGUUCUUUGUAAAACUAGUUUUAGGUCUCUUUCUCUUAUAUCAUGUUCUAGUGUGUUUGAAGGCAAUUCGGAAGUGUAGAUAUGCAUGUGUGUGGUCAACCCACGAGCAGGAAUAGACUCAUAAAUAAGCAGGACUUCAGGGUCCAUCUCAAAUGGAGGUGGACAGCCUUGAGCCACAGAUGGUUCUCUUACAGUACGUCUUGUAGUGGCGUUGCCAAUAGUUUUAAGAAGGAUAAUGAUGACAGUAAAAGGGUAGGCCGUGUUUCAGCUUAGUGACUUAAAAUUCUAGGAACACGAAGACUGAUUUCUGGCGUGUUUGGUGUCUGUAGUAGAUUAUUAGCUAUACCAAUCACAAUAGUAGCUCCUGUUUGUUGAGCCCUCACCCUGUCAGGCACUCAUUAUUCAGAUGAGUGUUGUGUAACAAACAGGGCUGUGGUCAUGGAGGGUGAAUUAGAUUGGAGGGGAGCAAAUGGCUACUGCAUAUUGAACAAAUGAGAGUCAUCCGGAUAGAGAAGGGGAGAUUAAAUCUCCUCAUUAGCCCCUCUUACCAGAUAAAUAAGCAUGUGUGGAAUCUGCCGCAGGUGUUUUUGUUUUUUCUUACCAAGGCUAGAAAUAAAUUGUCAGAGGACUCACAUCUGUGAGAACCACAUAGUACUUUAUAUUCUUCUGAUCCAAAGCAGAGAGAACCUGUUUGUGUUUUAACCAGGCAGCAUCAGAACAUGUUUUACUUGGAAUAGCCUCAUUUUUGGUUCCGUGUUCUAAAUUGUGGAUUAUAGUCUUUAAACUUAAAAAAAAAUGAAGCUAAAUGCAGCCAUAACAUUUAAGGUGGGUUCUGAGAUCCCGAACAGGCCCCAUCUGACAUAUUUUUAGUGAAUUAAACCAUGUAACACUGAUAACCAGUUUUCUCUCAUUUGAAUCUUAUUUUUACAUCUAGAAUUUGCCUUCUGUUACAGUGCAGCUCAGUGUACUGUUACAAAUACUAGUCUAACAGUAUUUUGUGGUCUGGGGCUCCUGUCAAAGAUGAUUAUAGAAGCUGGGAACCUUGGGAGGUACAAUGAACGAACACAAGGCCUCAUCUCUUAUUUUGUGCUAGGAUAUAACGUGAAUUCAAAGAGACUGAAAAAAAAUUCCUUCUUUUAAUCUGUAAUGUGUUUAGUAUGGUUUUACUAUUAGUAAUCCCUUUUAGCUUUUAGACUAGAGUAUUCUGUUGAAACAUUUGAAAUUAAAUGCUGCCAGGAAGAAGAUUUUACUAGAAAUGAGGGUAGUUAUCAGUCCUUACCCUUGAUUAAUCGAUCGUGCUUGUUUCACUGGGGAAAUAAAAAUGUACGUUUACCGAAGAGAAAUCUGUGGGUAUAAACUCUUCUCUUCCUGUUCUCAAAUAUGCUUCAUAUGUUGUUUAUCUUAUUUAAAUAUACAGUAGGCAAGAGUGCAACUACUGUUCCUUUAAUAUCAGAACUGUGCACGUUACAAUAGGUGUCACUGUUUUACUUGGGCCAAUCCUGAUCGGUGACUUCAGCUAUUGGCUCCGAGCACCGGCUGUCUGACUCCAUCUGCAGGGCUGUAACACCUACUCUCCUCCGAUCCAUUCACCACACAACUUCAGCCGGCUGAGCAGACUCGUGCGGGCGGCUCCAGCAGCAUCUUGCUAACCUAAUUCAGCAAACAAGUGCUGCGGCUCUGUGCCUGUCAUCUCUGCUCAGUGUAGCCUUUCCAGGUGAUCUAGGAAACUGGGUGAUUUUUAUGAACAAAUAAGAGAAACAGGAAUCAUGAUGGGGGUCUGUUUAACAGACCAAGUACUGGAUAAAACUUAAAGCCAGUUUCUAUUCAACCUAGUGAAAAGGUCACCUUGCCUGGCUGAGAAAAGAAGCAAAACAUCAGCUCGUUGGUGUCUGUUAACAUCUUAGCUCGCGCUGGCCUCUUUUCCGUGAUAUUCGCACCAAUUUGGGAUAUCUAGCUAUAGAGAGAGAGACAAACUGUACUCAUGGUAGAUGACAAGGAAAAGAACAUGAAAUGUCUCACCUUCUUCUUGAUGCUUCCAGAGACGGUAAAGAACAGGUCCAGGAAAAGCUCCAAGAAAGCAAAUACCACGACCAGCAGCAGCAGCAGCAGCAGCAGCAGCAGCAGCUUGCCCCCAGUUUGCUAUGAAAUUAUUACCUUGAAGACUAAAAAGAAGAAGAUGGCUGCUGAUAUGUUUCCCCGUAAAAAACCAGCCAGCUCCAGCACCACCGCUGUCCCGCAGUACCACCAGCAGAAUCUCAGCAACAACAACCUGCUUCCAGCCCCCAACUGGCAGGGUCUGUACCCCACCAUAAGAGAAAGAAAUGCGGUGAUGUUCAAUAAUGAUUUGAUGGCAGACGUACAUUUUGUGGUUGGGCCACCAGGUGGGACUCAGCGGUUGCCAGGACACAAAUAUGUUUUAGCUGUUGGGAGCUCUGUGUUCCAUGCAAUGUUUUACGGAGAACUUGCUGAGGACAAAGAUGAAAUCCGUAUACCAGAUGUUGAACCUGCUGCUUUUCUCGCUAUGCUGAAGUAUAUCUAUUGCGAUGAAAUUGACUUGGCCGCGGACACAGUGCUGGCCACUCUUUAUGCUGCCAAAAAGUACAUUGUCCCUCACCUUGCCAGAGCCUGCGUUAACUUCCUGGAAACCAGCCUGAGCGCCAAGAACGCCUGCGUGCUCCUCUCCCAGAGCUGCCUGUUUGAGGAGCCGGACCUGACCCAGCGGUGCUGGGAGGUGAUCGACGCCCAGGCCGAGUUAGCUCUCAAGUCCGAGGGAUUCUGCGAUAUUGACUUCCAGACACUAGAAAGUAUCCUCCGCAGGGAAACUCUGAACGCCAAAGAGAUCGUGGUUUUUGAGGCAGCUCUCAAUUGGGCUGAAGUAGAAUGCCAGCGACAAGAUCUCGCCUUGAGCAUUGAAAAUAAGCGCAAGGUCCUGGGAAAGGCACUUUACCUGAUCCGAAUACCCACAAUGGCCCUCGAUGAUUUUGCAAAUGGUGCUGCACAGUCCGGCGUUUUAACACUCAACGAGACCAAUGACAUCUUCCUCUGGUACACUGCUGCCAGAAAACCAGAGUUGCAGUUCGUGAGUAAAGCCCGCAAGGGCCUUGUCCCCCAGCGUUGUCACCGCUUCCAGUCGUGUGCCUAUCGGAGCAACCAGUGGCGCUAUCGGGGACGCUGUGACAGCAUCCAGUUUGCAGUCGAUAAAAGAGUGUUCAUCGCUGGCUUUGGGCUGUACGGCUCCAGCUGUGGCUCUGCAGAGUACAGUGCCAAGAUUGAACUCAAGCGCCAGGGCGUUGUCCUGGGGCAGAACUUGAGCAAGUACUUCUCGGAUGGCUCCAGCAGUACCUUCCCUGUGUGGUUUGAAUACCCGGUGCAGAUCGAGCCCGACACCUUCUACACAGCCAGCGUGAUCCUUGAUGGCAAUGAACUCAGCUACUUCGGACAGGAAGGCAUGACGGAGGUUCAGUGUGGCAAAGUGACCGUGCAAUUCCAGUGCUCCUCGGAUAGCACCAACGGCACUGGGGUCCAGGGAGGGCAGAUCCCUGAACUUAUAUUCUAUGCUUGAAAACUCAUUUCCCUGAGCAGUGCGAGCUGCUGUGAGGUGCACACCUGGUUCCUGCUUGCUCGAUGCUUAGCUCAUCUGCGGAUAGAUGAUGAGUGCAGAUGAUUUUAAUGAAUGAUGCCGUAGGCAGUUUCUCAUUUCUUUUAACUUUUAAUUGUGUACAAGCAGAAAUGCAGCAUUCAGCGCUUAACUCUGUGCUUAAAAGAUGCACACUUUUAUUUUUAGAGUACGUCUGUACACCUAGAGAGAUUUUGUUCUCUUUCAGACUGCCCUUCUGGUUGCCCAGUUUUGUCCCUUUGAAGAAAUGCUUGGAAUCACCUCCAGUUUCCUUUUGGGCUUUAUUUUGAUGGGUAGAAAUAAAUAGCCUAAAAUAAUGACGACGAGUUAAUUUAAACAGAACCUCCCUCCUGCCCCCCCAAAAUUAAACAUCAGUGUACAGUUUUGAAAGAAGUUUUGUUUUAGAGUAAUUUAGAAAGUAGGCAGUAGCCAUGUUUGGCUUUUAUUUCAUUCCUUUUAAAUUCUUUGCUUCUGGGCUUUGCGUUCUUUUUAAAUCCUAAAUUUAUAAUGUUAUGUAUUAAGCGCUACAAAGCGUCAGUGUAAGAUGGAAAAAAGAAAAUAAGAAAUUGAGUGUUUCUUUAGGCUAUGACUUCUGCUACAAUCAGGUUAUAUUCCCUUAGUUUAGAAGACAAAAUAUUGAAGUACACACACUUCUUUUCAAAGGAAUUAAAUUAUAAAAUUCUCCUGUCAGUAGAAAAAAGUUGCAGGCCCAUUAGUUUAAACUAAAACAGUUCAGAAAGGAAGCCUUAAAAAUGUCCUAUACUACAAAUCUUUUGAUUAAUGGCACAUUAAAAUACCUGGUUUGAAAAAGCCAAAUUCUUGUCUCCCCUCUUAGUUUCUGGUCCCCACUAUUUGCUUGUUUUUGGUUUGAAUAUAGAAUUCCUCUUCUUUUCUUUCCCCAUUGAAAGUGGACCAAACAAUUCUCUAGACGAAUAGAAUAGUAAUUUAUCUUGUAGCACUACAUGUUUGUGUAAGAAGACACUUUAUUCAUCGAUUUUUUUUUUUUCCUAUCUGAAAUAUACUUUACCUGAUCUACUUUGACUACAUACUAUUUUGUUAUUAUAAUUCUGUCCUGUUCCUGGACUGCUAGAAUCUGGCCUCUGGCCAUCUCGAAGUGCCAAUAUAUGCCUGCAGGGUUUUCAACAAGAUCUGGAGCGACACACUGGUUUAUACUAAUAGCGCAUCAGCAUCACGUCCCACUCUCUUCUCUGUCCAUGGGUGAUGUAAACAACAGAGAGAAGUGUUCAUCAAAAAAUUCUCCUUCACUGAUGGCUUGUGGUGGUUCUGUGCCUGUGUUCCUGGCAGUGUCCGAUGCUUUCACUUCCAGCUGAAGCAUCCGUGUGUUCCUGAGCAGCUUUUCUGCUCAGCGUGAUCCUGAGAGCGCUUCCCCCACCACCCAGAGUGUGGUCUCUGACCGCCUCCUUCUCCUGCCCUUCAAGCCUGAAGCCGGCUUGUCUGGAGCCAGGGGUUAGUCCCGGGGUGUGUGUGUGUGUGCGCGCGCGUACCCAUGUGCACACACGUGCGUUUAGGGACUCAGGAAUUGUCUCCUCCCUUCUUGGCUGGUGAGAGGUGGGACAGAAAUGGUCCCCUGCUGGCCCCCGUAAGGCCCCAGCGAGUGACUGCCCUUCCCUUGUUCACUGUGCUUCUGGGCCACUUCUUCCUUUGUAAACGUGGGCCUUCGGCCAGCUUCCCUGGUGGAGGAGAACACUGGAUUAUGGGAAAUUCCUCUAAUCACCUUUGCCAUUACUUAUGUCUGUUAGCAUAGAUGAUCAAAAGCCGUUAACUGGUGAUUACAGAUGAGUACUCCCAGGACAACUUUCCAAAAAUGAUCAAAUAAUUAAUUCCUAUUAGGACGAUUACAGAUAGUAGUUUUGGCAAAGCAUCGGUGAAAUAAAGGUACAUUUUCAAAUUUCAAAAAAUAUUUCUGCAAAAGAUUUUGUUUUUAAAUUAUGGCUAAACAUUUCAGUGACUUAUACCUACCAUGUAGAUUGGUAGACUGUGUAUCUGAUUGGAAGACACUCAUUUUUAAGCCAGAGGAGAAGAAACUUUAUGUAACACUAAUUUCAUCCUAUCAGAUUCUUGAGGUGGGUGCGAUAACCUCAGUGUGAAGGUUGCUCACCCUGUACCGCUCCAGUCAGUGCUCUUAUUAGCUAGCUGCCCUCCAUGUGGUGAGGGGACAGCUUGGUGAAAGCCAGAUGAGAUCCUGUACUCUGGGCUGGGCCAAGAAGGACUUAAUGUCAUGCUAAUUACCAUUACUUAGAAACAAAAGACUGGACACUGCCAACAUCAGACUGGCUGGUGCCAAAAGCUGUGGGUUAAAUUUGAAAAUUGUAUUUAAAUAUGAAAUUUUGUACUUUCAACCCUCAUGUCUCUUUCUGUAUUUUUGACAAAAUGGGAUGAAGGCUGAUGUACUCGCUUUAUUUUCUUUGGCGAUCUUUGAUUUUGUAGCUCUUAAAGCUAGAAACCAUAGUUCCGACAAGGCAGUCAACUCUAGUAUAUAAACACAACUUUGUCGAGCCGAAUAGGCCGUACUUUUCUUUUCUCAGUGUGUCUGGCAGUCUUUGUCAUUGAUACCGGGGAUAAGGGGAGCUAGGCUAGCAGUUCGGAUGUAACGUUCUUUUAGAGUAUCUCAAAAUAGCAUUUAAGCAAAUGGUCUAAUUUCUACCUAAUUAUUGCACUGAACUGUCUUUUUGUUUUUUAAGGUGUUUUAAUAAGCUCAGCUAAUUUCAGGACACUGUAGCCACUUGUGCAUCAGGGUGCUUGAAUUUAGUAGCUUAACGUUAUUUAUGAAGAAAAAAAUAUAAAUAUGAAGUACCUCAUGUUGAAUGUUAUUGUACUGUAUUUUAAUGUAACAGUGCAGAUCUUGUUAGACACAUGAAUGUGUGUAAUCAUGUUAAAAGCAAAUAAAAAUAAAACUGGUUCGUAGAUUUGUUUCCCUUAGCAUUUUUGUAGCUCCCCUGAAAUAGUAAAAAAGUUAAUUCUGGCACUUCAGGUACCACUACGGUGGUUCACGUAGAUGGCUUCACAGGUGAAGCCCGUUCGCUAAGUAUUCAGCUUUCUUUGAUCCCUAAAGAAAUGAAAAUUUGAGGCAAAAGCAUAAGUGAACAAUGAAUAUGUUAUUCAAUUGGCAUUGUUGAAAGCCCGACAGUUAAGUUAUAGAGAGGGCGUGAAUGGACGCAUUUAUAUUCCCCUUCUGUAGAUACGGAUUCCUGUAGCAGCUCAAAGCCUGUGUAUCUUGCCGUGCUAAGGGGUGUUGAUGACAGUAAACGACAUCUAGCUUUAGAUGUGACCAGUGCUGUUUUUCCUGCUGUGCUAGAAUAGCUUAAGUCUAGGAAUAAAAAUAAAUAAAAUGUCAUGUGAGAACUUUGAGUAUAAUUUUUAUGGGCUCAACUAGUUUUAUAUUUCCCCAUAUCAAGUAUGUGUGUCUGGCUUAUACGUAAUUAUUAUACACACGUGUACAUAAUUUUUUUCUCUACAGCUUUCUGUUGUUUCUCAGAGUUUAUUGUGAUACCUCUGUGUAUUUGUUUACCCACUUCAUCUACUCAGGGUUCAGUUUUUACAGCAUACCUGCUCACGGGAAUUUUGGAAUUUUACCGAAGAGUAGGGGAAAUGCAAUCACCCAUUCUCAUCAACUUAAUCACAGACACAACCUGAAAUUACAAAGACCUUUAAUCCAGGGAACUCUAAACCUUGUCUCAUCUCUGUUGCUAUUAAAACUUAAUUCAUAUGUUUGUUUACGGCAUCCCAAGACAAUUGGGAGUGAUCCCCUUCCAUUGCUGGGGCUUAGAGAUCAACAUGUCACUGCAAUUACCCUUUCUUCCCAGUUGACAGCAUGGCUUGCCUGUGAAAGCCCGAGGCUCAGACUUGGGGAACACAGGAACGGGGAAAGCAGUGCUGAGGAAUUAAAUGGUAUACAACUUAGAGGCUGAAAUUAGCAAGUGGCCCUGAAAACCUGAGAUGAUUUGAAGUGUUUAUCAGAGUAGGGUUUGAGUGCCUUUGACAUGCUUCAAUAGAGGAUGACUGUACCUUUAGAAUUUUGAAUUUUAGCUUUUUUUCAAAGCCACUUAACAUUUAUUGACCAGUGACUCCCUUUCCUCAGCGCUUCAUGUUCAACUUUUCAGAAUACAUGUUCUAGCAAAACGAACACUGAGAAGUUUUCAGAAAUAGAAUUUUUCCAUGUGUUUCCGCGACCAACAUACACACCAAUGAAAAGAGUUUCUCAACUGGGAAGUUGCAAAGCGGUUGGCUGAAUAUCUUUGUGAGGAAGAGGUGAAGGUGACCAUUUACGCUGUCACUCCAAAUACCUACUUCUAUAAAUGAGCCUCUGAAGAAUGUUUGAGUACAUUUUCCCAACUUGGACGCCUCUCUGCCACCUCUUCUGAACAUUUUUUUUUAAUUCAGACUGUAGUUAUUUUUAUAAUCGUUUUCCAUGUGCUUGGUUAAGCAUCCAGUGGGCACCAAUUUUACUAGCAAAUGUUGCUAUUUUACACUCUGCCUCUGAAAAUCCCUAAACCUCAAAGUAUCCAGUUAAAUACAACUACCCACUUUUUGUCAAAUAUGUGCUUUAAAUAAAUAUGCGUAUAGGGCAUAAUUAAAAUGAAGUCACCUAUUAGACCACUAAUGUUUGAACUUUGGUUUACUCUUACUUAGAAACCCUGGUGGUGUAGCGGUUAAGUGCUAAGGCUGCUAAUGAGAAGGUCAGCAGUUCAAAUCCACCAGGUGCUCCCUGGAAACUGUGGGGCAGUUCAACUCUGUCCUGUAGGGUCACCAUGAGUCGGAAUCAACUCGACAGCAAUGGGUUGGUUUGGUUUGGCAGGCUUAGUUACUAAUUUCACUUGAAGCUGUUGGUGGUAACCAGGUUAAGUGGUACGAAAGGACAGUGUAUUUAUGUUAAAAGCUACUGUAAGGAUUAUGUCCUUGUUUAUGUAGCAACAAUACAGAAAAUUAUUUCAAAAUGGAGGCAUACUUUCUGCUUUGAUGAACAAUUUUCUACUUAAUAGACAAUCGUUUUUACAUCAAUUUCUUCUAGAGGACUGAAAUUACACCUGGAAAAAAAAUACAGACAUCAUACUAGUAGCCUUGUUAAUUUUAAUUAACGGGAAGUGUUUUAAUUAGUCUUUAUGAGCAACAUAUAGCAGGAAGACUUGGGAGAAACCAGGAAAGUCUACGAGACAAUGUUUUGAUAUGUAGCAGCCUUUACUGUGUCUGUGAAACUUGCAUUUUCCUUCCUAAAUUACUAAAAGAAAAGCCAAAAUGUAUAUAUAUAAUGACUAAGGAAGCUAAGAAUAAUUUUUCAAAGCUUGAAGCAGAGGGUACCACCUUCUGCUAUGCAGUAGAGUAGGUAAAAGAGUACGUUUAAAAGACAUUCUAUAUAUCUGAUGUAAUAAAGGUUUUGUACUUGUCUUAAUCAGCUCUAAAUUUUCAGUUCAGCACCACUUAUGAAACGCUCAGUGCGCUUGAACCUUAGCCAGUUCAAAACUAAAAGCUGUCACAGAUCUUUAUUCUGAAGAAGAACUCUAAGAAUGUUUGGAGGCAUUCAUGGACCGAAGAAUACAGUGUUUGCUGGAUAAUUCAGUUCCCCCAGAAACGAACCAAAGGAUUAACCCAACAGUCAUCCAUUCGUUGGUCACUGUUCCUUGCUCCAUCCAGGCAGUUAGAAAAGUGAUGAGGAGUCACAGGCCGGUGAGCUAUGGGGUGUGCUCUGAGGAGCUAGGGUCCAUGCAGUGCUUGAUCCACGACAUGCAGGAUUUUAAGAUGGCUGGGCCCCAACCCAGAGUAUCUGAUUGGGUAGGUCACAUAGGUGGGGCCCCAACCCUGAGUAUCUGAUUGGGUAGGUCACAUAGGUGGGGCCCCAACCCAGAGUAUCUGAUUGGGUAGGUCACAUAGGUGGGGCCCCAACCCUGAGUAUCUGAUUGGGUAGGUCACAUAGGUGGGGCCCCAACCCUGAGUAUCUGAUUGGGUAGGUCACAUAGGUGGGGCCCCAACCCUGAGUAUCUGAUGGGGUAGGUCACAUAGGUGGGGCCCCAACCCAGAGUAUCUGAUUUGGUAGGUCACAUAGGUGGGGCCUCAACCCAGAGUAUCUGAUUUGGUAGGUCACAUAGGUGGGGCCCCAACCCUGAGUAUCUGGUUGGGUAGGUCACAUAGGUGGGGUCUGAGAAAUUGCAUACCCUGCCUGUCUGCUGAUCACAG